AUGCGUGGCCACAUCUGGAUGACACUCCUCCUGGUCGUCGAGGCGCAACAGUUGCCGCCCUUCCGCUACCAUAGCUGGUUUUAUGCGACGCCCUGGCGGCCCUUGUUGCCGGCGCCGGGCAUCCAGCAGCUGAGCCUGGGCUAUACGGGCCCGCAGACCUUUCCGGGCGCCGCUGGGCAGGCACAGCCAGCGGCCAGAAGGCCCGUGGUGUUGGAUCUAGUGCGACCGGCGCGACAACAGUUCAUGCUGCCCUUUCGACCCUCGCCCUUUGCCGGCUACAGCAAUGAGCAGGAGGAGCAACAGGAGCAGCAGCGGGAGCAGGAGCUCGAUCAGCAGGAGCAGCCGCAGCAGGAACCGCUCUUCCAUGCGCCCGGCUAUCCGCAGGCCACGGCGCACAGCAAGCCCAUCGAGGAGCUACCAGCUGAGGCUCUGCCCACGCCGUCGGGCGUGGAGCCGCAUUUUCUUUACAUGUCACCCGGCAAUCUCUACCAACUAGUUAGAAGCUAA